CAACGAAAUGUUCCGACGGUCACAACAAACCUUCGAACAAAACUGAAACGUUUUUUCACUAACUGUUCACUAUCGGUCACUUUGUACGCUACAAGUGAAAAUAAUGGCCAGCAACUUUGACGACGACAUUUACGGCGGCUUCUCCGGCGUCACGAACAAACUGUUCAACUACGACGCCAAGGAGGACAAGGCGUUCCAGAACGCGAUCAAGACGUCCAGCUACGGCAAGAAGACGUCAACGCCGAAGUAUUUCUGGAACGGGGAAAAGCUGGGCUCCGCGGAUGGUACGGCCACGAUGGCGCGGCCAUCGACGGCGAUCCGUCCAGUUGGGUAUUCUUCGCAGAACAGCAAGCUGUUUGACCCGUUGAACCAGGCGGCCAAGAAGAUCGUGGUUAUGGAGAGCAAAAAGGAGGAAACGCCGGAGCAGCGGUACAAGAACAUGGAGACGAAGAUCUACGCGCUGUUGGAGGAAUCGAUCAUCGCUAGUACGGGAGCUAAGCCGGAUAUGUCGGCGGGGUUGGCGAAGGCCAAGGAAGCUUCUUCGCUGGAUCGAACGCUGCUCAGGAUGAGAGACCAAGAUGGCGGGACGUACACGCAUAACUUUGAUCUGACUUUUUUUGUUUUGUUUAAUCUGGCCAAUGUUUAUGCGAAGAAUGAGAUGUACAUUGAGGCGUUGAACACCUACACGUUGAUGACCAAGAAUAAGAUGUUUCCGAACGUGAACCGGUUGAAGAUCAACAUGGGUAACAUAUACUUCCAGCUCGGGCUGUACACGAAAGCGAUCAAGAUGUACCGCAUGGCGUUGGACCAAGUUCCGAGCAAUCAGAAGGAGCUGCGCUUGAAGAUCACCCACAACAUCGGGAUCUUGUUCAUCAAGAUGGGACAGUAUUCGGACGCUGCAACCAGCUUUGAGUUUAUAAUGUCCGAGAAGGGUGACCUUAAGACGGGGCUGCACUUGAUCUUGUGUUACUACGCGCUUGGAGAUGUCGAGAAGAUCAAGCACGCGUUCCAGCUGUUGCUGGACAUCCAGGUGGACUAUCUGGAGGACGAAAAGGUGUUUCAAACUAAUUCGACCCCCUCCUACGAGUACAUCAACGAGAUGAUCAAGUCCGACGAGCUGCACGCGUACGAACAAAAGAUCCGCCACCUGGCGGAGAAGAACAUUCUCAUCUCGGCGAACCUCAUCUCGACGAUCAUCGACGACUACUUCAACGACGGGUACAGCUGGUGCGUGGAGACGAUCAAGAACUCGUACUUUUCCUCGCUGGCGGUGGAUCUGGAGCUGAAGAAGGCGGUUAUCUAUCUGAAACAGGACGACAUACAGCAAGCGAUCGACACGCUCAAGUACUUUGAGAAGAAGGAGUCCAACAUCGCGAUCAACGCGGCGAUCAAUUUGAGCUUCAUUCACAUUUUGAAAAAGGACAUCACCACUGCUGAAUCGUACGCCGACACGGCCAAAAAGAUCGACAGCUACUGCCCGGCGGCGUUCAUCAACAGCGGCGUCUGCAGCAUGAUGAAGGAAGAUCUCGAAACUGCGAAGUUGAUGUUCAUGAACGCCCUGGACAUCGAUUCAACCUCCUUCGAAGCGCUCUACAACAUUGGGCUGAUCUUCAAGAAGCUUGGCGAUCACAACAACUCGUUGCUGUACUUUCGCAAGAUUAUCUCGAACCUCGGUCACGAACAGCAUCCGGAGGUUUUGUACCAAAUCGCAAGUCUGUACGAUCUGCUCGGUGACGUUGGAACCGCACUGGAGUACUACCUGCAGCUGCUCAGUCUGGUUCAGCAGGACAACAAGAUCAUCCAGAAGAUCGGCGAGCUGUACGAAACGGACGGUGAACGCCAGCAGGCCUACCACUACCACCACGAGUCGUACCGCAUCUACCCGAUCGACUCGAGCGUGAUCAACUGGCUCUGCUCGCACUACAUCGAGCUGCAGGUCGUCGAGAAGGCCAUCGGUUUCUACGAGAAGGCGGUCCUCAAGAACCCCCAGGAUCCGUACUACCUACUGCGAAUCGCCGGUUGCUACCGUCGCAUCGGCAACCAGCAAAAGUCGCUGAGCCUGUUCAAGAUGAUCCACGAGAUCUACCCGGAGAACGCCGACUGUCUGCGGGCGUUGAUCCACCUGAACCAACAGCAAGGUAACAACGAGCUGGUCGAAAAGUACGGCGCAGAACUUCAAAAGCUCGAGAAGCAAAAGGAGGUCCGUCAACGGAUUGGGACCGGGCGACCUCCGACGACGGCGGGUGGGUCGAGGAUCUCCAGUGGAGAGCACGGCGCGCGUUCCGGGGGGAUGGACAGCUAUCAACCGCCGGGGACGGCGUCCGGGUCGGGGUCGGGCUUUGGGACGGCGAACAAGAGCGCCGAUGUGUCUCCGGAUUAUAAUGCGUUCUCGAAUGCUUACGGCUAUGCGGAUCCGCUGGGGCCGGCGCAGGAGAGGCCGCGGACCGGGAUUAGGAGGAAUUUAACGGUGGAGGAUGACUCGGAUGAGGAGAUCAAUCCGUACGAUUUAUUGCCGGUUUAAGGGGUGGA